AUUCCAUUCUCAGUUUAUAUAUAUAUAUAUAUUUAUAUAUAGGCUCUUAUAAUAGAGUUCUAAUAGAAACAAUACAACAUCCAUUACAGGGAAUAAUUGUCCCUCUAAAUUUUGCGUAUUAAUUACUUGGCAAUGGAGUUGGAUGAGAAUGGCUUCUUGGAGGAGCUCCUCUCGAUGUCGAUGCGGAGGGAGAGCACCUGGGACGCGUUCUCCGCCGCGGCGGCGGCGGCCGCGGGCAUCGGCGAAUUCUUCGCCGCCGGGGAGGGGGGAUUCGACUGCUUCAUGCACGAAAGCCAGCCGUGCGCCGCCGUCCUCCCCGGAUUCGCGGCGGCGUUCGACGCCGGCUGCAGCGACAGAAGCCACGACGUGCACCGAGCGACGACGACGGAGCCGAAUUUCGACUGCUUGAGCGAAGUUUGGUUCCCGGCGCCGCCGUUGCCGCCGCCGCCUGCGGAGGGCGCGCUCGACGUCGGGUUGGUGCAUGGGGGGGAGAGCAGCGUUUGUAAGGUGGAGAUGGGGGAUCCGAUGGCCUUCGGGACGGCGGUCGGCGGGGAGAGGAAGAAGAAGAAGGCGGACGGUGUGCCGUCGAAGAACCUCAUGGCGGAGCGGCGGCGGAGGAAGCGGCUCAACGACCGGCUCUCCAUGCUCCGGUCCGUCGUCCCCAAGAUCAGCAAGAUGGAUAGAACAUCUAUUCUAGGGGACACCAUUGACUACAUGAAGGAGCUGCUAGAGAGGAUCAAGCAUUUGCAAGAGGAGAUGGAAGUGGGCUCAGAGAAAGCAAAAUUAGUGAGCCUCUUUAAGGAUCAGCUCAACCCAAAUGAGAUCCUAGUUAGGAACUCUCCCAAGUUUGAUGUUGAGAGGAGAGAGAGUGACACGAGGAUAGAGAUUUACUGUGCAAUGAAGCCCGGUUUGCUGCUACAAAUGGUGGACACUUUGGACGCUCUAGGGUUAGAGAUUCAGCAGUGUGUUGUGAGCUGCUUCAAUGAAUUUGGUAUGCAAGCUUCUUGCUCAGAGGACAUGGAGCAGAGGGCACUGAUGACCUCAGAAGAGGUAAAGCAGGCACUGUUCAAGAAUGCAGGUUAUGGAGGCAGGUGUUUGUAGAUGUGAACAGAAGAAGCCUAAUUAAUUUCAUCAUCUCUUAAUUUGGUCUCAAAAGUUUUUACAAGCUUUGAGAUGAACAGCUUUUAUCCUGUUUGUUUGUAGCUUCCAUGUACUGCUUAGUUACUGUAUCCUUUUCUUAAAGAAUUAAGGUGACUAUAAAUGUGAGGGUGCUCUCCUAUCCUUCACUUAAAAAAAAAUAAUAAAAAAAAAUAGAAGAGGCUGACAUAUGUUUAGUAAUA